ACAAGAACAUAUUGGUACGCUUUAAAGAUCGGGAUGCAUUUGGUUUGGUAAAGAAGGCUGCAAAUGCUUUUAGAUUAGUCGAUUUUCAAAGCACAUUUGAUCAAAUUGAGGCGCUGAGUCCUGCUCUUCAUAAUUACCUGGAACGAGCUGAUGUGCGACUGUGGACACGUGUACAUUUUCCGGGUGAUAGGUACAACUUACUUACAAGUAACAUUGCAGAAUCAAUGAAUAACGUGAUGUCACAUGCGAGGAGUUUUCCAAUAGUACAGCUGGUAGAUGAAGUAAGGUCCAUGAUGACAAGAUGGUUUUCAGAGCGAAGGAAUGAUGCAUUGAAAUUGACCACAGCUCUGACACGUGGAGUAGAGAAAAUUCUGCAGAGCCGUGUAGAGUACGCUAAGUUACUUACUGUACAAGCUAUAGAUGCACAUCAGUUUCAAGUUACACAUGGAUCUUCUCUCCAUGUUGUUAAUUUGAGAGAUAAAAAGUGUACGUGUCGCAGGUUUGACUUGGAGAAAUUGCCAUGUGCUCAUGCAAUUGCGGCAGGUGAAAACAGGAAAGUCUCUAGAAUUUCAAUGUGUCAUGCUUAUUAUCACAAAAACUACUUGUGCAAUUCCUAUGCAAACGCCAUCAUGCCUAGGGAUUUUGCUAUACCUGUUCCUGAUCAUGUGGCUACCAAGAUAUGUUUGCCCCCAGAAGCUCGUCAACAACCAGGAAGGCCAAAAAAAUCAAGAAUUAAAUCUGCAUUGGAGAUUGCUAUGGAGAAGAAGAAGCCAAGAAAACUACACACUUGUGGGAAAUGCAAUCAAGUAGGACAUAAUCGUAAGACAUGUAAUUCUUAAAUUUUUCUUAAAGAUUUCUUCUGUUGGUUUGAUUUGGUUUUUUCUGUUUCAACUCUAUUAUGUUCUUG